AUGGAAAAAGUGUACGACUCGGGAGAUCCCGAUCUACCCGAUCUGCCCCGGCUAGAUAGUCUAGAAUCGCAAUAUACGUACGAUGAUUAUAACUUCACUGAGAGCUCCAGUGACGAUGAUGAUACACAGGCAUCGGUCAGGGACCAGCCGAUAGACAUUGAGAAUGAGCCCCGGAACAAGAGAAAGCCGUCGGUUUCCACACAUGAUUUCUGGAAGUCGUAUACACCACGUCCAAUAAAGCCUGAAAGGAUUGGGGAGGAAUCGCAGCCCGAUGGCACGAACCAUGUGAGGAACAAGAGACAUCGUCAAUACUUCGAUUCAAAAACCUCGUCUUCUGCGGCGAGACAACGUGCUGACUGGGAGCCAGGAAUUGAUGUGACUACGACAGAUGUUUUCAUGAAAUCGCUCGGUUCUGCUAUCACGGUGACCGAUUACUCCAAGGAGAGGUAUCGGAUUGAGCACCUGGAGAUUGUGAACGAGUCCCACACGGCCUUUAACCCGAUGCAGACAGAGACAAUGCUGAAGCGCAAAACCAAGCUCAAAAAGAUUCUUGAAGCACCUCCUGAUUGGAGUAAAGUGCGCUGGAUCAAUGUCAACGGGCUGGCAUGGGAUGCCAUCUCUGUGAUCUCGCAGCACUACAACUUGCACAGGCUGUCCAUCGAGGACAUGGUGGACAUUCCACAGAGAACAAAAGUCGAUAUUUAUCCCGAUCAUAUGUUCUGUUGUUUGCCUCUUUUGAAAUUGAUUAAGCUGGAAAAACCCGGCCUGAACACAAAGUCCAAAAAAGAGGACCCUCCCAAGGAACAACAUCUCAGCAAAAACUCCGAGCUGUCGUUGAACGAGCAGAUCUCGCAAUUUGAAAUGCGAAAACUAACACAACAGUCAAUGCCCUUCGUUACUAACAGGAAGCGGGAGUUUAUAGAAUACCACAGACCUUUAAGUUACAGAAAACUAGCAGUGGGCAUUGAGCAAGUGUCAAUAUUCAUCACUGAGUCCGGAUCAGUUAUUUCGUUCUUCGAACACUCUGCAAAUGACAUAGAGCGCGCCAUCUUCAACAGAUUAUCACAGGGAUCAACAAUUCUGCGGGAUUCGUGUGAUCCCUCCAACUUAUUGCAGGCCAUUUUGGACGCUAUAGUGGACCUCAUAUACCCCGUCAUCACGGCUUACAACCGAAGACUCUCCGAAUUGGAAAUGAACAUUAUGUUGAACCCUACAAUUUCUCACACCCAAGAGCUCCAUUUGAUGAUUGGCGAGUUAGCGAUGCUGCGCUCUGAAAUAUCACCCACUACUGCCUUGGUCAACCAACUCAAGGACCAAUCCACCAAGCACUCCAAGUUCAUGUCACCAGAAAGUGGCCUCUAUUUCUCCGACGUGGUUGACCAUACAAUUUCUUUUGUGGAUAACAUCGACCUCAUGAGAAACACUGUUGAGAAUCUGAUAGCCUUUAUUUUCAAUAUCCUGAGUGUUGAGACUAACACCUCCAUGCAGCAGCUGGCAGUGAUCACGUUGAUCUUUCUCCCGCUUUCAUUUCUCACUGGAUAUUAUGGUAUGAACUUUGAAUCAUUUUCAGACUUGAAAAAGGAUGUUUCUUAUUAUUGGAAAAUCUCCGUUCCGUUUGGAGUGGGACUGACUCUGAUUAUGAUGAGAUCCUAUUGCUACAAGUUCUACCGGAAGAUGAAGCAUAAGUUCAAGCUAAAAUACAUGCGGCCGAAAAGGGAUUAG